AUAUAACCGAACUCAUCCAAACAUCCUGUCACCGCAUACUAAAUGUUUAUAAAUUAUGAAUGUCAACGCCACUUUCUCAGUUCAUUACUCGAGCUGGUUAAUCAUAGGUCAGAACACUUUGGUAUCUCAUCGAAGUAACAUCGUGCUCUAAAGAGUGUAUUCCAGAGUCAUUUUUAACUAAAAAUCUAUUAGAAAUCAAAAAAUUAUUGUUUUUUGAGUGUGUGUCUUCACAGUUUUUUAAUUUGUGAUACCAGCUUAUUGAUUGGUUUCUGAAUCCUAGAAGAAUAUUUUAUUAUUUUCGAAGAAUUUAUUCAGAAUUACGAUGUUUUGCUUGAUAUUUGCACUAGCUUUUCUAUUACAUAUACGUGGAGAUGAAAAUUCACCCUAUGAAUUAAUACCUAUAACGACACCAAUAUUACGAGAAGAGCUGUUUCAAGCCAAACUUUACCAUGAGAUUUGGACGACGAUCCAUUUUGUUGACAUGCUUGAGUUAGAAAGCCAUGCAAAUGAGGUGAAUACAACAUUACAAGAUCUUCGAAAUCAAUGUUCUACAUUUAAACCGUGCAUUUAUGGAAUAGAGUUAGAUCAUAUGUAUAAAAGUCUUUAUUCAAUUCAACAAAAAAUUGAUUUUUUAGUCUCCUUAAGCGAUAAGAAAAGAGAAAAAAGAGGGUUAUUUAAUAUAGUUGGAACAAUACAACAUUUUUUAUUUGGCACUAUGUCAGCCGACGAUACUGAAAGAAUUGAUAAACAAAUAGAUGACGUAUAUAAUCAUACGGGCCACAUAGCGACACUUUUAAAUGACCAAACAGCCAUUAUCAAGAGUACUCUGCGCAAAUUUAUAAAUAUAACUGAAAAUUAUAAACAAAAUAUGAAAAUUAUCAAGGAUGGAAUCAUUACAGUCCUGAAUGAACAUUCUUUUAAUGAUAAUAUGCUAAAAUGCAUUUUAAAUUUAAAUAUUCAUAUAGAUAAUUUAUUAGGUAAUGUCAAUCUAAUCUAUGACUCGAUUGUUGAUGGAAAACUUGGAGUUGUGUCGCCUAGAUUAAUAUCACCCACAAAAUUUAUGGACGCUUUACGCACAAUACAUUUAAAAUGGUUUCACCAAGACUUACUAUUUCCUUUAAAUAAAAAUUAUUAUGUAAUGUACAUGAAAAUUAGUAAGAUUAACAUUAUUUUGUCCGCUGGUAAACUUAUUUAUGUAUUUCAUACGCCAAUACCAACUGGCUAUGAUUAUACUGUGUACAAAUUCACACCAAUACCCAUGUCAGGAUGGAAACGUUACUAUAUAUUUGACAGUAUUAAAAAUCAACCUGUUGCUGUCGAUUCAAAUUUUACAGAGUAUAGCGUAAUUGAUUUAAAUGUUUGUACAUCUAUAAAUGAUUUUAAAAUUUGCGAGAUAACAUCUGCCGUUCAUACAUUUAACGAGGAAGAAAGUUGUUAUGCACAUUUGAUAAAAUACAAAGAUGAUAAUGGCUGUUCUAGAAAAUAUUUUGAUUUGCAAGCUGAUUUUGUUUUGGCUCUGAGUAAUGGUUUUAGUUGGUAUAUUUUACCAACCAAUAAAGAAAAUAUAUUCAUAACUUGCGGCGAUUCUAAAUCAGAUUUAUAUGUGACUAUUACGAAGCCUCAUAUAUUACGACUCAAUUAAAAUUGUAAAGGAUACUCUAAGAACCAUAAGUAUUUACCAAGAAGUCACGGCAAUGAAACAAAAAUUUCAGAAUAUAAAAUUAACAUUCAAUUUCUACCAGUUCAGCAGAUAGCUCUAAAUACAUCAGCUUUAAAACUACCUGUAUUUACUUCAUCUAAUAUUGACACUUCUGAAAUUUUAAAUUCAGCAAAAAAUAUUGAAGAUAUCAUGAAAGAUUUAGAAAUUAUUACAUCUAAUCAUAACUACCAUUCACGGCUGCUUACGGGUUAUAGUAUCUUUCAUUAUACUAUGUAUACUAUUGCCACUAUUUCAGUAUUUUAUAUCCUUUAUAAAACUGGAAUACUCAAUUGCAUUUCAAUUGCUUUUAAAUUUUGUCUAUUUCGACUGUGUCCAAUAUGUAUGAAAUGCAAAAAUAAUAAUGAUGAACGUAAUGAAGCUGCUAUACCAUUUCAAACUACGAAUGUCCAAAUACGCGAAGAAAAUAUUGCUGCUCAACCAUCAACGUCUGCAGAUGAUCGAUCUAUUGUUCGAUAUGAUCAUAAACAUUUAGAAAAAUACAUUUUAUUUGCUCAUGCGUUUGCUGGAUGUGAUUCAACAAGUGCUAUAUAUAAUAAAGGUAAAAAAAGUAUUAUAACAUUAUUAGAAAAAAAUGAAGACUUGCAACAAUUAAUAUCCAUAUUUUAUAAGCCAUUCCAAAAUGUCGACGAUAUAUAUAGAGUUGCUGAAAAACUUAUGAUAAUAAUGUAUGGUGCAGAUGACCAAAAACUGACUCUACAUGAAUUAAGAUAUAAAAUAUUUUGCACAUCUACAGCAAUUGCAAAAAAAGAAUUAUCUUUAUCGUCUUUACCGCCUACCGAUUCGGUAUUAAGAGAGCAUGCUAAAAGAGUAUAUUACCAAAUGCAGAUUUGGCUUGGAUUCGAUUUAGAUCCAGUAUUAUGGGGAUGGAAGAGAACGAGUAAUAUGCUACUACCUAUUAUGAAUCCUAAACCAGUUGCACCAGUCGAAUUACUGGAGAUGGUGAGUUAUUAUAUGUUAUCCUAAAAUAUAUUAUAUGAAAUUGUCUAAUUUUUCUUUGAAAAUAAUUUCCAAAUGACGUAUUUAAUAUUUACUUUAGUGAACUAUUCGAUAUUUUCUAUUGUAAUAUUUACUGUGAUAAGAAAAAAUAAUUAACUUGAUUUUCAGAUAUUUUGUGGAUGUAAAACAAAUUGUAACACAUCCCGAUGUUCGUGCAAAAAGGCUGGCAUAAAAUGUAGUUACAGUUGUAAAAAUUGCAAUGGCCAAAGCUGUGAAAAUGCUUCAAAUUCGCAUAAGGUCAUACUUGAGAGUGAUACAGAAGAGCGACAAGAUGAUAUAGAUGAUAUAGAAGAUAAUGAAAAUAUGUGGAAUGAUGAAAUAAAUGAUUUACAAGAAGAAGAUGUUGAUGAAUCACAAACUGAAAAUUAAAAAAUUUUGCUGAAAAAUUCUGUCAAUUCUAUUUACUAGAAUAAUAUAACCAUUUUAUUAUAUAUUAAAUUUUUACAAUAAUCAUAUUUAUUUA